CCAUUUCUUUCUCCAUUCGGGCGCUGCGAUCUCGGCAGCCUCUUCACGGAGAGAAGGCUGGCACCGGCCUCAUCCCUCUUUCCUCUGUGGGAGCCGACGACCUCCAUCUGCGAGUUGAGGAAAGAGACUUGGCAGAGUGCUGGCCCUCCGUCAUGCCGUCGCAGUACCAGCAGAUCAAGGGGGAGCGGUACGAGCGGGAACUGCUGGAUAUCGCGAGGCAGAAGGCCCGGGAUGGCCGAGGCUUCCUCCGCGAGCUUGGGCAGGACGUCGCGGAGAGGCUGUGGGAGGCGGCCAUGGACGGCAGAGGCGUCACGGCCACCGAGCGGAAGACGCUCGAGUUUAUCAUGGAGGGCGGCGACGGGCAGUUCACGGUAAGCGCGGCUGGCAAGGCGUAUUUGAGGCGGAAGCUGGACCAGGAGCCCCCCGUCGGCGGCGGAGGCCGGCCCGCCGCGGCCGAGCGGCAGCCUGCCGCCGAGCCGCCCGGCGGCCGCGGCAUGGGCAGCGGGGGCUAUUACAGGCGGGUGCAAGGCAUGAACUACGACCGCGCGCUCUUGGAUAGCGCCGACAGGAUAGUCUCUAGAGACGGCUCCAUCACCAUGAGGGAAGCGCUCCAGCUGUGGGCCGAUGCACACGACGGGCGCGGCGUCACGGACUGCGAGCGCCGCACGCUGGAGUACAUUUGGGCGGCUCGGGGCACACAGACCCGGCUUCUAUCCUCUCUCUGUCUCUCUCUCUCGCGCGCUUUCUUUACAAUGACACAAUCUGAAUACUACUCUCCUCUCUCCCCUGUUGGCGUCCGGAAAAUGUUCGGCCUCCUCUCCGCGCACG